GCAGCAACUCUAUUCGCCUCCAUUCCCAUCAUUGGAGUAAAAAUUGCUACUUCGAGGCAUCUUUCGCUUUUAUUUUUCUUCAAUUGGAUGUGUUAAUCUCCUCAAAUUAGAUACCGUGGCUCCCGAAAAUGGGGGUUCCGAAGUUCUACAGAUGGAUCAGCGAACGCUAUCCCUGUCUGAGCACCGUUGUCAAAGAAUAUCAGAUACCAGAGUUUGACAAUCUGUACCUUGAUAUGAAUGGCAUCAUCCAUGUUUGUUCGCAUCCGAACGACGACGAUCCCCACUUUCGCAUAAGCGAGGAGAGGAUUUUUUUGGACAUCUUCAACUACAUUGAUUUUUUGUUCCGGAUGAUCAAGCCUCGCAAGACGUUCUUCAUGGCGGUUGAUGGCGUGGCUCCUAGGGCGAAGAUGAAUCAGCAGCGGGGCAGACGGUUCAGGUCAGCUAAGGAAGCACUGGCCCUCGAGAAACAGGCACUCAGCCGGGGUGAGGUGCUGCCCACAGAGGCCAGGUUCGACUCCAACUGCAUCUCUCCAGGCACAUCUUUCAUGGCCAAUCUACAAGAGCAGCUGGAACAGUUUGUAGCCAUGAAGAUUUCAAGUGACCCCCUCUGGCAAGAAGUCAAGGUCUACUUGUCGGGACAUCAGACUCCCGGGGAAGGCGAGCACAAGAUCAUGGACUUCAUCCGUACGGAGCGGUCCAAGCCAGGCUACGACCCCAACACGAGGCACUGCCUCUACGGGCUGGAUGCCGAUCUGAUAAUGCUGGGCACAUGCUCCCAUGAACCCCACUUCGCUCUCCUUCGAGAGGAAAUUGUUUACGGCAAGAAGCAAAACCAGAAAAGGUUAAACGUCCCUGAAGAAAUCACUUUUCAUCUCCUUCAUCUGUCACUUCUACGAGAGUACCUGUCCUACGAAUUCCAGGCAGUCAAGGACUCCCUGCCCUUUGAGUUUAGCCUGGAGAGCCUGGUGGAUGACUGGGUGCUCAUGUGCUUCCUGGUGGGCAACGACUUCCUGCCCCACUUGCCCAACCUUCACAUCGCCCACAAUGCGCUGCCCAUCCUGUACCAGGCCUACAUCGAGGUGCUGCCCACACUGGGUGGUUACAUUAACGAGCAAGGAACCCUGAACUUGGAGAGGUUUGAGAAGUUCCUAAAGAGGUUGUCUCAGUUUGACUACGAGAAGUUCACGGACGUCCAGGCGGACCAAAAGUUCCUCGAGUCAAAGAGAACCGCGGCCACCGCUCCAAACGGAGUUGUCAGCCAAGACAGCCAGGACAAGGCAGCUCGGGAUAAAGAGAGAGAUCCCGACGAGCAACGGCUGCUGGAGAAAUUCUCGCACCUGGACAUUCCUGACUAUGAGAGCGACGAGGAGUCCGAGGGCACCCUGGAAAUGGAGUUCCGGCAGCACAAGAGGGACUACUACACCACGAAGCUCGAGUACAAAGACGUCAACAAGGAAGUAAUGCAGGAGCAGGCCCACGGUUAUGUGCGUGCCAUCCAGUGGAACCUCCACUACUACUACAACGGCGUGCAAUCAUGGAACUGGUACUACCCACACCAUUACUCACCCUACAUCUCGGACAUCAAGGACUUCCAGAGCAUCGACAUGAGCUUUGAGCUAGGCAAGCCAUUCCUGCCUUUCCAGCAGCUCAUGUCCAUCCUGCCUGCAGCCAGCAAGGGCCUGGUUCCAAAGGCGUAUCAGGCACUCAUGGAGGGCGAAGAGUCUCCCGUGCUCGACUACUACCCUCAGGACUUCACCACGGACCUCAACGGCAAGCAGCAGGAAUGGGAGGCCGUUGUCUUGAUCCCAUUUAUAGAUGAGGACCGUCUGCUGCCAGUGAUGCAGGAGCUGGACUCUAAGCUGACCGACGAGGAGAGGGAGCGCAACACACACGGAGGACACCUGCUUUUUACUUAUUCCCACGAGCCUGUGACUAGCCUCAAGUGCAAGAACAAGGGGCUGCUUCCCAACAUUGAGGUCAAUCAUGCCAGGGUGGAGGUAUUGGACAAGAACAUCUUCCGGCUUCCCAAGGAGGAGAUCAAGAAGGGGCUCCUGGACGGCGUAAAGACGGACAUCUACUUUGCGGGAUUCCCCACCUUCAGGCACCUCCCCCACACCGCCAAACUGGAAAGAGCAUCUGUAAAGGUCUUCCAGAGCCUCAGCAAAAAUGAAAGUGUGCUGCUCACGCUCACCGAAACACCCGACAAGACUUUGAAAGAGGUUGCAGACGAGCUGCUCGGAAAAUCGGUGUAUGUCAACUGGCCUCACCUUCUUGAAGCCCUGGUGGUGGCUGUCACCAGUAGGGAUGAGAGGUACACGUUUAAUGAGCAGGCAAAAGGUGGUGUCGUGCAUUCGCGCCAGGCGGAUUCGGAUGUCGAGGUGUUUGACAUGCAGACCUUCUCCAUCAGUGAAAGAUAUCGCUCCCGUUACGGAGUGAACCUUGGAGACGUCGACAUAGUUGUUCUCUGCAAGACUAUCACAGGCCGAAAGUACAUUUGCGGCCCCAAGGGACGAAUAACCCUGGACAAGCAGUGGUCCCUGCACUCCGUUCCAUAUGCCGUGCAGUCUCUCGUGAAGGACAUCACCGAGCAUUGCCCUGAGUUUGAGCAGUUCAAGACAGUCGAAGAGCUGUUCCCAGUGGGCAAAACGUGCUUCAUGCUCGGUCACCCGCACUACGGCUGCCAAGGGGAGGUGGUGGAUCCCAAGCCAAGCACCAAGCAAGGGCGCAUUGUGGUCAGACUCAACAUUCCUCCAGAGCCAAACCUGGAGGGCGUUGUGCGAAAUGAAAAGAACCUGAGCCAGGUGCACUACAUGUCCUCGCACCAGUUGGCACAGUGGCUCGGGGUGAACGGCUUGUUUGUGUCCCGUAUCACGGGCACGGUGUACGUCCAGAUGAACAGCCGGGAGGCCGACGCCCCCUCACUGGUCAACGUGGGCCUCAACCUUAAGUUCAACAAGAGCGGCGAGGAGGUGCCCGGCUAUUCGAAGAGAGCCAAUGAGACAUGGUUCUACUCUAACAAAUGUCACAACGUUUUGCAGGAGUAUCUGACCAAGUUUGCCAGCUUUGUGGAGAAGAUACAGCCCUUUAUGGAUCGUGACAGGAUCAGUGUCGAGGACCUCUAUUACAAGGGAGAAGGGAAAGAAGAGGUGAGAGAGGUUGCCAAGUGGAUCAAGGAGCAGGAGUGUGCCCAGCUGCCCAGGGUCAAGAGUGGCUCCGAAUCUCUGGACGAGGGCGUCGUCAAGGCCAUCGAGGACACCGUCGACAAGCUCAGGGCCGGAGAGCAGCAGCGCAGCACGUUCCUGGAUGUGCAGCCCAAGUCACUUUUUCGGGCGGCGCUGCACUGUGGCUGGAUGCAGCCAGACCCCUCAGCCACCUUCCGGCUUUUUGACCGGGUCGUCAACGUGCGCGAGAACAUUGCCGUGCCCUUGGGACUCAGGGGCACCGUCACGGGCAUCUGCAAAGUAGAGGAAGGAGAGCCCAAGCUGUGCGAGGUCGUCUUCGACCAGAGCUUUGUCGGGGGCCUGACCCUGCGCUGCUCCCCCAACCGGGGCUACAAGCUGUCCACCCUCUCCCUGGUGAACUUGUCCCACGGGGUGCGCACCCAGCGCGGACAGCAGCUCUACCAGGUGCCCGCCCGCAGGCAGGAGCAGCAUGCCCAGGCCACCAGUCCCAAGAAGGCAUCGAACUAUGGGCAAGCGGCUCACACCAGUCAGGCUGGCAAAGACCAGCAAUGGAACAGCAUGUCACCGCAGCAGCACCGUCAGAGCAGAAACAGAUUCCACCACUCGCCAAAUUCUCCCUUCGAACCUCAGAAGUCGUCCCCUGCCCCAGAGCCACCGAUCGACAGCAGCAGCGGUAGCACCGACUUUGCCUCCCUCUGGCUGGGGCUGCAGAAGGCCAGCAGUCUGCCGCAAACCGCAAACACCCAGCCCGCUCCCCUCCUUCCAACCUACGAGUCGUCGCUUCAUCAGGGGACGCCAGUCUCAAUCGAGGAGCUCUUCAAAGGGGCAGAAAAAAUGCAGCAGAAGAUUAUCGAGUCGCCGCCAGUGUCGUCUAUAGGUGCCCUUGCAGAGUUGAUACAGCGUACAAAGGAAUCGAUGGGUUCGGAACCGGUUCAUUAUGUCGUCUGCAUGGGUGACACUGAGCCGUUCCAGAAGUACAAGGCAUUCGUUAUUUUGCCAGACGGCAAAAAGUAUAGCAGUGCAUGCACCAUGGACAAGGAGUCUGCGUUGCAGGACGCAGCUAAGCGAGCUCUUCCCUAUGUACCUACUGCAGGGUCUCUUCAAAUGCGUUCCAUGGCUCCGACGGCAGGAAUCUCGGCAGGACAGUCCAAAGCAGGAGCGAACGACCUCCACCCCCGGCCGUCCGUUGCAGUGCCGGCCAAGCGCCCCAGCGUGCCCAUGCCCUUCGGGAAUGCCCCUCCCGCGUCUGCACUGCCUGGGCUGCCCGGGCUGCGAAUGCGGCUGCCCCCGCCCUGCGAUGCGGCGCUCAUCCCGGACUCGUUUGUGGAGACAAACCGGCUCCUGCUCGAGUCCCUGGGCAAACUGGGGCCCCCUCCCGUGGAGGAGCUCGAGCCCCAGGUGUCCUGGCAGACGCCCCGCAUGGCGCCCCCUUUCCCCGUUCCCACGGGCGUGCCGGGACAGGCCCCAUCCCUGGCGACGACGGAGCAGCAGCGGCACCACCAGCGGAUGCCAUUCUACCACGUGCCUGCCCCACAGCCGCUCUACCCGCAGCAGCGGCCCACAUUCUUCACGUACCAGCAACAGCAGCAUCAUCCGAGCCAGCCUCAAUUCGACCCCAAGCUGCGCUUCCACACGAGGCCACCCUUGCUGAACAACGAGGGGCCCGGGCAGACAAUGGUACGACACCAUCAGCAACAGCAACUGCACCAGCAACUUCAGCAGCAGAAGCAACUUCAGCAGCAGCAGCAACUUCAGCAACAACAGCACCCACAGCCCUACCACCAGGCCUUGACACAAAGGGUCGGCCGCAACGGGGAAGCGGCGGAAGGCAACCCUUCACAUGGGAAACAGUCCUCGCCUGCCGGCUACGCCUUUGUGCCGACGCAGGUCUUGCGGAACAAGGCUCCUCCUCCUCAGAAACCGUCAACUGCCGGAAAGGUGUUGAAGAAGGACAAGAAGUCCGGAGGCGCAGCGGCAGCCGUACCUUCUGAAACGUCUGCCACAGACAAGAACCGAAAGCCACCCAACAAGCAGAAUCUCCAGACGCUGAAGCCAAAGCCAAAACUGGAAACCGCAAGUCGGGUCAAAGAAGAAAGGAGCGAGGAGAAAGUCGACUCAACUUCAUUUUCGAAGGAUGUCCCACCUUCGGACAGCAAACCAAAGCAGCGGAGGUCGCGGCUAGCCGUCAAGUUUGACAACGACCCCAAUGCCACUUGAACAAUUUGUUGCAGGAGAGAGAGGCUGUUGACGAUAGCUGGGCCUUGGCCCGUGUAUUUUUUACACAUCUUUUUAGCUUAAUGAGAAGUGGGUUUAUGGUCCUGCGACCAAUUUUUAACCAUGCCGGUUUCCAGCCAGAUCGAGAAGCUUAAAUUUGAAAUGAGGAGGAUGUGUUUGAAAUUUGUUUUUGAUGAACCUUUAAAGGAGAUUUUCCUCUUUAUUGAUGUGGUGCAUGUAGACACAAAUAUUUAGUAACUUUGUUGGCUGAAAAUAGCUAAAGUUUAGCGCAGACAAAUUGGGUUUUUGAAGCAAUUGAUGCUCAAGAGUGAUUUCUUUUGUACUACUUUUCAGCAUGUCACUGCACUGAGGAAUUGGCACAAUUAAUGCAACGACAACCAGUAUUUCAAUCAUGGCAAGUGUUUCUAUGCUCAGUUACUGCAGCAUCAUCUUUUAUGACAUCUUUACCAAUUUGACUGAACAGUGAAGCGCCAAUGAAAAUGUCAGUCUUUAGGAGUAAGCCUCAGCGCGGCUCGUGGACUACUGACUGUAAAUAGGCAGUGUCUUUUAUUUGUACAUAUGGUGACUGUUGGCACAUAUCUUGGGGCUGGGCAGGAGGUGUGCAUCACAUUCGCUGCAUCUGGUACUAAGUGCAGCCCCAAGUAGCCAACACAGUGUUGCAUUUGGCUGAAGUUUAAAAAGAUGUGUAAAUAAAUCCUCUAACACACUGUGCACGUGGCUUGAAUUGACAUCGCUGCUGAGAGCGUCUCUGCAGCCUGAAGAAAAAUGUGAAAGACCGUGAUAAUGGGAAUAAACUUCUUUGUGAUAAGUA